CACAAUCAGCGCGUCGGCGGUACAUCUCCACAUCACCGUGUCUGAUAGUCACUUCACUUCACCUGCUAAAGGUCAUACUAUCGGCAACUCUGGAACCGUUGAUUUUUUGGUAUUUCCGCUAUAGUUUUUAAUUGGUUUUUAAUUUAUUUCAGUUAGUUUAUCGAGUUAAAAAAAGACGAGAACUUCCCCCAAUGAGUAGCAAUUGUGAAAACGGUGCUGUCGGCUUCGCUGCUGGAGGCGGCCAGGACGAACUGGACUUUGCUUUCCCUCUGUUUCUUUACGGACAAACUGGAAAUGACAUUCCACAUGAUGACCCAGAUGACCUCGAUGCUCUGUCAAAUCUUGACGCUAAUCCAACCUCAUCCAAUAGCGACCAGGCCCACGCUCCAUACAACGAUCUUUCUGUCCAUCAACCUGACUAUAAUCCACCUUCUGAAGACCUCCUCACCUGUCAUCACCCUGAUCUGCGAGAUCUUCUCAGUCACUCUCUCUCAGCCCAGGCUAGCCCCCGUAUUGAAAUCACCUGCUCAGAGCUACACCAGCAGCAGCGCGAGCACGUACAAACGGCACCAGUGGAUAUCAGUCGGCGUCUAGCUGUGCCACCGUACCAGAACCUGCUCUACAGGGAGAACCUGAGCCCGGCAAGUAGCACGUCCUCCAGCUGGCACUCGGAGGUGUAUUCACCCCAGCCCUCACCUUGUGUUUCUCCUAGUGCUUCAGGCGGUGGAUGUUUAGCUGCAAUGACAGUGGCUGACUUGUGCCCAAGGCUUCAGGCAAUCCAUGCAUCCGGUUCGCCCCGCACUUCUCCGACUACAUCGCCACGCACCAGCAUCACAGAGGAGACUUUCCUGAACUGCAGGCCUUCGUCUUCAUCCUCUUCGCGCCCAGGUUCACGGUCCACUUCUCCUCAGGGAAAACGCACUUAUGAGCAAUACCAGCACCCUGCCCUGGUGGUCCCACGCUCCCGAAGCCCUUCCCCUCAUGCAGUGCGAGAGGAGUUUGUCGAACCUUGUAGACCAACAGCUAACCUGGAUGAAUUUGUAGACAGUCUCAACAGGCCCCUGGCUAAACCAGUGCCCACCAAGAUUGGACGGCCUAAUCAGGAGUACCCGAUCUACAGCCAAACAGAGCAUUUUCCUGAAGUGAAGAGGGAACCUAUAAUGGAACCACUCUUUGUCUUGCCAUCCAUUGGUUGGUCCAAUCAGAUGCCCACAGCCAUGUGCAGCAUGUCACUGACAUCACUGCCUGCUCUGGAGUGGACACUUCCCAGCAGCACAGACCAAUACGAGCUGAAUAUAGAGGUUCAACCCAGACAGCACCACAGAGCCCACUAUGAGACUGAAGGAAGCAGAGGAGCUGUUAAAGCAGUAUCAGGGGGACAUCCUGUGGUUCAGUUGCAUGGGUACAGUGGCAGAGAAGCUCUGGCACUGCAGGUCUUCAUUGGAACAGCUGACGAGAGAGCUAUAAGGCCCCAUGCCUUUUACCAGGUCCACCGCAUCACUGGCAAAACCGUCACCACCAACAGCCAUGAGAGAAUGUUAAAUGGAACCAAGGUUCUGGAGCUGCCACUGGAACCUAAAGACAACAUGCGGGCAGUUGUGGACUGUGCUGGAAUACUGAAGCUGAAGAAUGCUGAUAUUGAACUGCGGAAAGGUGAGACAGAUGUGGGGCGGAAAAACACACGUGUUCGGCUGGUCUUUCGUGUCCAUGUGCCGCAGCCAGGAGGCCAGUUGCUUUCUCUCCAAGUGGCCUCGCAUCCCAUUGAGUGCUCUCAGAGAUCUGCACACGAAUCUCCAGCUGUGGAGAGGCAGGAUUUAGACCGCUGCUCGGUGCUGGGUGGACAGCAGAUGAUUCUGACUGGUCAGAAUUUCACCUCUGAGUCCAGAGUGCUGUUUACUGAGAAAACCCAAGAUGGAUUGGAGGUAUGGGAGAUGGAAGCUACAGUCAACAGAGAAAAAAGUCAAACAAACAUGCUGUAUGUGGGUAUUCCUCCAUACCGUGACCCCAACAUCUACCACCCAGCCAAAGUCAACUUUUAUGUACUGAACGGGAAGAGGAAGCGUAGUCAACCACAACAUUUCACCUACGUGCCUCUCCCAGGCCUACUGAUAAAAGCAGAGCCGGUGGAUGAGUAUCAGUAUGGACAGCUUGGCUCCAGUGUCUCCCAGGUAUUAGGUGUCUCUGCACAGCUGUGCCAUCACACUGCCCAGCUGCCAACCAGCUGCUGUGCCAUGCCAUGCCAGGUUUCCCAGAGGACCAACAGCCCUACCCUGUACCCUCCAGCCUCAGAGUACCAGCUUCAUCAGCCUUCAGCCCUCUACCAGAGCCAGGUGGAAGCCCUGAGCAGCAGCCCUGGUCACUACCAGUCUCCCCUGGAUCACACUGUACCUGGAAUGCAAUCUAUCUGCUCUGCUCAGGCACCUGCCAUAGUGCAGAAUCCAGGUUCUCAUCUCAAGCCCAGCAGUUACCAGCACAUUAUAGCUGGGCACAGCUACCAGGCUGGUGUGUUUUCUAGCCUGGAUGUGGCUAAUCAAAGAAGCUUUGGGCAGAGAGCAGUCACUCCGGUGCAGAGCUACAACCAGAGACAGCCUGUGGAGCAACAGAGAACUAACAGUCCUGUAAGAGUUAAGCAGGAGAAUCUGGACCAAGCCUACCUGGAUGAUGGUGAGGGGGGUAAUUUGUGAAUGAAGUAAUCAGAAAAGAUCUUACUGUCCAUCCCAGUGAUCAGUGAUGGCUAGAUCUGAGAAAAUCAGCCAAAGUCUUUUUCCAAGGGAUGGUCAUAACAUGUGGACAACUCAUCAGUCUUAACAUCUUUUUUUUCCCAUAUCAAAGUGUUUUUAAAGGCGUGGUGAUGAUUAUUAAUUAUACUCAUGGUUUCUGAUGCAUAUUUCUGAUUAUGAAUAUUAAGCCAAUUAGGGUAAGCAUAUUAACUUUAAAUUCAAACUACUGCUUACAAAAUUAUGUUGUCUUAGGACCCACACGAAAGUUAGCAUCUUCAACAAGUUUUAAAUUUGCAUAGCCAGAGAGUGCUUAUUUAAUGUACAUAGUGCAUGGUCAUGAUGAAGUUUUAACUCAAACAGGAACUGUUAAAGGGAAGAACAUGAUUAGACGUAGGAACCCAUGAAGGCCUUCUCAAAAUAAAGUGUCAGUUAAUAAACUUGUUUGUAGCAGGUACUGUAGAUGUAACAGACAUUAGCUAGCCUAAGUACAACAUGGCAAAAUGGGCAGAUACGGUAAAGUUAGCUAGCUACAAGGAUGAUUCGAAAGAUUUUCAACACUGGGUAUAUUAAAACCUCUGUUGGCCGCACUGUCUUUCUUGUCACUGCUUUAUACAUCAGUUCAUAUGUAACUGCGGUGUGAGCAAAAAUGGAUGCCUCGCUUGUGAUUUGCACAAAAGAAGAGCAGCAUGCCAUGAUAAAUUUUUUGUUGUCUGAGGGUGUAUCUAGUGCCGAAAUAACUUACUGAAGACCAUAAACAGAAGCGUGUGGAUGUCUGCAAACAAAAUUUGGACCGAUACUCUAAGGAAGGUGAAGAAAGGACCAGUUUGGUCCCCUCAAAGCAAUCCUACAAGGAUGAAGAUUCACUUCUUAUUAAUUAGUAAAGUCAGCAGUGCAUUCACGGCUCGCAACUCAGCCUAAAGCAUUUUUAAUGAGAGAAUAGGAUAGGAUAGGUUGACAGAUGGACAAAGUGAUUAUAAUAAUUAAUUAAUUAAUAUAUUAGAUAUAAUAUAAUAUUAGAUUAAUUAUAUUGGAUAAUCUAUUUUGGAUUGAAACUCAGUAUCAUUUUACCUCAGUUGGACAUCUUACUUGUUUGAGGCGGAGAAAUUUGACAACUUGUCCUUUUUGUCUGCAAUAGGUGGAAUUUGGCAGUUUGAGAAAUUUGCAAGGUGGUCAGUCUUUCAGUCUGCUGAAGUAUUUGCCACCUAUAUGUGUAAAUAUCCAUAGUCUUUCUUGCUACGUUAUCGUUUCCUACGGCCGCUAACAACAUAUUUUUUUACCCCCAAAAGUUUUUAGACAUUUGUGGAAAACAGCACAGUUAGUUUUCAGGUAUGUGGCCUUCUGCUAGUAUUGAAAUUACAUGAACAGUAUGAGGUAGAAACACUCUACGAUUAAAGCUAGCUACCAGUCAGGAUCAGAAACUCUUGAGAUUUCCUGUUGAUUGUAUGUCAUGUAUGUGUAAUGCAUCCUGUGUGUUGAAUGAAAGUUGAGAAAAGUCAACAAAAUCGAGGUGCAAUACCAUGCGACAGAAAUACUACAAACCAUAUGCUAAAUACCAGUUUUAUGCCAGAAUGCUCUUUUAUUUAGCAGUUCCUGAGUUUCUGUGAUUAUGUUAUUCAGUUUUAAUAAACAAUAAUAAGUUUAGGGACUUUCUAACGUCCAAAAGAAAGUAGAACUAUGAUAUAUCAGCGAGUUAAAAUUGUACCUUGCUAUCUUAUUUCACCAGUUAGGAUGAUUGUCCAUUUUAUGAAUAUAUAUUUAUGAUUGUAUAUUGAAUACA